AUGCGGUUUAGGGUACCGAUCGACAUCGACGCCGACGCCGAAGCCGACGACGACGACGACGCGCCACACGGCGGGCACUAUGUGCGCUUCUCCGACGCAGGCGAGACGGCCGCCGUCAUCCGCCUCUUCCUCGAGUUCAUAGUGUACGCGCGUGUCGAGGUGCCCGACGACGGCACGACGCUCGACUCGCUCCGCUGCAUGCGGGCCAUCGUGCUCUUUUUGAAGCGGUACGACUGCCUCCCGACACUGCAGCUGUAUCUGACCUGCCUGCGCGAGGUGGUGCGCCAACCCUCCAACAUUAGCCCGUUGGCGGCGUUCGUCGCCGGCGCGACGGCCGGCGACGCGUUCACUUGCAGCACGGCACUCGACAUCACCGACUGGGUGUGGCGCAUGAUGGACCGCCAGAACCUGCCCGCCAGCCCCGACGCAAACGUCUUCGACCCGCACCACAUGCCCGUGGCGGUCUGGCAGCUCAUCCCGCCCAUGUAUACCUGGGCGCUGACGACGGCGUGGACUGGGACGGAGGAGCAUCUGCACCGCCACUCGUCCCCCGGCCGCAGGGGCAUGAGCGACGGCUCGAGCAGCGUCGGCGAGCUCGUCAGCCGUAAAGUGCACAGCUGGCAGCAGUGGCUCUGA